GAAACAGUGGGAAGGAGAUUUCCACUGUUUAAAAAUGUAGUGCAUACCCGUAUGUUAGUUUCUUAGCGUUGAUACACGAGACAGAGAGCUCGUUUGGUCAGUUAAUCUUCCCGAAGAGGAGACUAACUUCGAAGUUCGAACAUUGGUGAGUGAUGUGGGCACUUUUGGACUAACCUACUUGCUUGGCACCUCACCUUGCUUUGUAAAAACUACAGCCAGCACACUUGCAAGAAGGUUAACUUAUAUAAUGUAGCCAGGUGAGGUGAGAGACAAAAUUAUUAUUUAAAUGUUUACAGCAUUUUCCUCUCCUGGGUCCUCAACAAUAUCCCAGUGAAUUCCUAUUCCAAAUUCAAGAGUUUUCAUGACAUGGUCUUUCACAACUGCCAGAACACUGCAGCUGGCAACAUAACUGUAAAGCUAUGACAGCUGUUGUUCUGUUGGCUCAUCUAUAUUUAUCAUAUUUGCUACACUGCAAUGUGUGACAUAGUGCCACCAUCAGCAGUGUCAAGUUUCAGCACCAAAGCAUGCAGCACACCCAGCCACAAGAGUAGGCUAUCGUUCAUCAACAAAAAGCACAGAGGAAGGCAAGGUGUAAGCAAGGGAGUUGUCUUGUAAUGUGCCACCGGUUUAUACAUUUGUAAACAAGGCUACUGAAGGUCUAUUUGGUUGCGCUGCCUUGGGGACAGCACGCUCCAACAUUAACCAAAUGGAAUGACCACCGCUCAUUCCCUCACAGGGAUUGCGCACACAUGCCAGAGGUGAGAACGAACUAGUUGAGGCGAUGACAUCAUGCCUGUACGAGUGCCUGCGCGAGGUCGGGCUUCAGCGUCACUACCCUUGUUUUACCGCCAUGGGACUGAGACGCGCUGGACACCUGUCUUUGCUCACCAUGGGCGACUACUCGAGCGUGGGGGUCCACAGCAUGGGGGACCGUGCCCGGCUUUUCCAUCUGGUACAGCUGGUCAAGUCUCUGGAGGAAGAGGAAGACCAUGGGGGCCACGAUGACGAUAGAGUUGUGAUAACAAGAAAGACUUUCACUUCAGGCAGCAAAGUCCCCGCAUGCAGGCAGCUAGAUUUUGAUGGUGAUGGUAGGUCGAGCGAGCCCAAACGCGGAUGGCUCAGUGACUAUGACAGUCACAGGGGGGCUGGUGUCCACCCCUUCCCGAGCCCGAACACAGGGGUUAAACCCCAACCACGCUGCGACCUCAGCAGAGGGUCACCCAUACACAAAACCCAGAUCAGUGGGACGCCGAUGCGUAGCUGUCCUCACAAGCAGACUGUCAGACGGACCACAGUGCACAGGAGCAACAGCAAAGUGACCCAGCGUCAGGGCGUCUGCAUUUACAAGGAGGGGACGACCAUCGGCAGCGGGCCAAGACCUGAGGUGCGCCGGGAGGCGGAUGGGACAUCCAGGAGGACGGAUGGGACAUCCAGGAGGACGGAUGAGCCCACAUACAUGUACACAUCGAGGAGAACUAUUGGCUGCAACUAUGGUCUGCCCCUGAGUAGCCCGGUGUCAACCAGAAAGGAGGCAGGUGAGCAGAGGAUCAGUGUGUGUGUGAGGAAGAGGCCCCUGACCAAUGCUGAGAACAGGAGAGGGGAGGCAGACGUGGUCACAGCCCAUGAUGGAGAUUCUGUGGUGGUCCAUGAGAGCAAAGAGGCAGUGGACCUGACCCAGUACAUACUCCAACACAGGUUUAAUUAUGAUGAGGUGUUUGGGGAAGAGAGCUCCAAUGUGGACGUGUACCUGAAAACAGCCUUUCCGCUGAUACAGCAUGUCCUCAACGGAGGCAAGGCCACUUGUUUUGCAUACGGCCAGACGGGAGCAGGGAAGACACACACCAUGCUGGGUUGUCCUCCUCAGAGACAGGGGCUAUACGCUCUGGCUGCCAGGGACAUAUUUACCCAGCUGCACUCCACCCAGGACUGUGGCAACUCUGCACUCACAUCCCACGUCUAUGUCAAUGUCAGCUUCUUUGAGAUCUACUGUGGCCAGCUCUACGACUUGUUGGACCGUAGAAAACGCUUGUUUGCAAGGGAGGAUGGGCACCAAGUGGUUCAGAUAGCAGGGCUAAGAGAGGUCAAAGUGGAGUCUGUCAACUCAUUGCUAGAGGUGAUCUUGUGGGGUACAGGGGAGCGCACCCAGGGGGUAAGUGGAGUCAACCCAGUGUCAUCCCGCUCCCACGCUCUGCUCCAGAUACAGCUCAGAGACUCUGGCCAUCAGGCCACUGGCAGGAUGUCAUUUGUGGAUCUGGCUGGGAGUGAGAGAGCAGCAGACUCCAGAGACCCAGACAGACUGAGUCGCAUGGAGGGGGCAGAGAUCAACCAGAGUCUACUGGCACUGAAAGAAUGUAUCCGUUCUCUGGACCAAGAGCAGUCACACACACCGUUCAGACAGAGCAAGCUCACGCAGGUUUUGAAGGACUCCUUUGUUGGUGAUUCAAAGACAUGUAUGAUUGCAAACGUUUCCCCCAGUCACCUAGCAACCAAACACACACUCAAUACGCUGAGAUACGCUGACCGGGUGAAGGAGCUGAGGGGGGGAGGGGGGAGAAGACGGCCCACAGUCACCCCGUCCCCAUCCCCGGAACAUGAUCAGACUAGCAGCAUUGGUACUAGUGCCAGCAGGGGGAAAAGUCCCCUAAAAGGGGUGAAGUUGGGGGGACACAGGGAGGCCCCAAAUGUGACUGGCACCGCUGUUAGGAGGUUAGCCCCAGGGGGAGCUCUGCUCUGCUCCACACCAAAGGGCCAGGGGGCGGGGGAGGGCUUUGGGAGGGGGAGAGAAGACCUCUGUUUGGAGCACACCACACCUGUGAGGGGCUCACUGGGCCGGGGGCUUUGGAGGCGCAGGAGGAGUGAGGGAGUGGGAGAGAGGGAGAGGAAUAGCGAGAGGGAGGUGGAAAAGAAAGGGCACAGAAAGGAACGUGAGAAGACAGAUGAUUCCAACAUGGAACAGGACCAUGGGGUGGCUUGGGUGACGAGACAGCGAAUGGGAGAGGGGAGGACAACCCUUUGUGAAAUACCCAGAGAAGGAAGAGCCACUACAAGCCAGAUGGCCAUAGGUAAGAGGGCAGCUGCUGCUUCCUGUCUCAGAGGAGAAGAGAGGCAGAGGACUACUGCGAGUAAAGGAGAGGGAGAGGGCAGGAGAUGGAUAGAGCAGGACCGAAUUGUGGGGGAGAGGGAGAGAGAGAAGACGGCUGAGGGACAGAGAGAGUUGGGAGAGGUCAGGGAGAGAGAUAGGAGGACUAGUACAGAAUGGGAAAGGGAGAGAGAAACUGAGAUGCCAAGGGAGCGGGAGAGCGAGAAGGAAAGAGAGAGGCAUUUGAGAAGAUACCACCAGCAGCUGCAGCAGAUGCAGUGGCUCCAGCAGCCUCUGCCUGCCUCUCCGUCUGUCUGCCGCGGUGUGGAGGAGCUGCUGGCUGGGUACAGGGCCACUGCUGGGGCCGGGGGAGACCACCUCCCGCUCCGGGGGGAAGGGACCGCAGGGGUCACAGUGGAGGCAAAGGGGAGGGGACAGAGUCACCUCUCUAACAACACGUCUCAGAGCCACUGCCACAAUGGCGAUAAUGAUGAUGAUAAUGAAGGAGAUAAUGAUGGUAGUGGAGAGCACAUCCUCAAGUGUCUCGUCCCCGGGGCUGGAUCAGUGCUGUCUACCAUCAGCAGGCUGGAUGACAGAGGGACAGGAGGAGGAGGAGUGGAGAGAGGGAGUGGGGACGAAUGGGGGUCACCCAAGGAGGAGGAGAGGAGAGGGAAAUGGGCAUGGCCAGAGUGUAGAGUGGUCGAGUCAGAAGAGGGCGGCAGGUGGACAGGGGCUGUGUUGCGUCUUGGGGAGGAGGAACGGUUAACAUCUAGCCUCCGUGGGGCAUUUGAGAGGAGGGGGUGGGCAGGGGAACACAAGGAGAGAGGAGAAGAGGACAUGCUGCUGGGGGCUGAAUGGAGCACAGAGGAGGAAGGAGAGGUUGCCGUUAAUGACUUCACCCGCGGCUCCACAGACAGCAACAGUGACAACGACAGCUUUUACCGACACUGCAGCCACCACGCUCUGGCCGAGAGGCCCCUCUCUCCACCCCCGCCCCCAGCCAAGCUCAACGACCUGUCCCUGGAGUCCAAGCACAUCAACCAGAGCUCCAGUGGCCUGUGCCUACACUUCCAAAAUGUCCCCAUUUGCCCCUGCCAGCAGGGAGUAACACUGAGCCCCAGAAAGAGGACAGCGCUACCAGGUGCUGAGCUGCUACGUCUUAUAGACCCUGCCACCCCCCUUCUGUCCUUUGUGCAGACAGGGAGGGGAGCAGCGGUUGGCACCACAAGGCUUCCCCCUGAGAGCCAAAAUAAUUCUGGAGUUGUGGCUCAAAUGCCCCUUUCUUCACCACCACAGUGUGUGUCCUCGGGCGAUUCAUCUAGAUGCACCAUGGAUCCCCUCUCACUUUCCUUGCUUCAGGUAGACAGGCUGGCAGCCACAGACUCCUUCCUCUGCCAGCAGGUACAACACAGCACCUACUCCCCCUCCGUCCUGCCUAGGGAAGGUGGAAAGGGAAAAGGGGUGGUGGACGGUGGCCAGUCUCUAGUACCCACUCUAGUGAUAGAUGGGAAGAGUGGUGAAGGCCACAUGGAUCAGAGGAGAUCCAAGAUGGACGCUGCUCCUCUCUGGAGAAUGGCUAUGACCAAACCAUCUGCCCCUGUGGUCUCCUUGGUGUCUGUCCAAGACCAAAGAGGAAUCCUGAAAACCCCAGCCCAGUUAGGGAGGGAGGUCCUAGGCUCCUGACUCUACCUGUCCCCCUGGCCCUUCUCCACACUUCCACUCACCACACAACCUCACUGUAUCCAAUACACACACAACCAAGUGCUCCCAAGGCCCAGUCCAGCCCAACACACAAACAUCACACCCUUUGCCUUCCACCCAUGUACCACAACAUACACAUAAGCCUCCCAUCGCGACUAAACACACAUUUCAGGAUACACCCAACUCCUCCAUCCCUAGUGUACAAAUUCUCCAACAAAUGAACAACCCUGUGCAAUUUAACAUUUUGCAGGACCAAUCUCAGUUGCCCAGUUCAAACACUCCUCCUAAUCGCCACACCCCAUGCCAUCUCAGCGGUUCAAGCAGUCCAGUCGUUGCAAACGGUCUGUUAAAGCACGUUGGACCCCCAGCCACCCUCUCCUUCUCUACUCGGGAAGCCCUGGAGCAUGUCCAGUGGUGUGUUGUCCAGACCCAUUGGGAGCAGUUGAAGCAGAUAGUCUAUGUGUCGUAGAGAGGGAACAUUGCUGUGCCAACAGCCUGACGUGGACUUUAGGGAGUCACGUUCAUAAACUGGAGGAGAUCAUGGAGCAGAAGGCUGUGUGCGUUCGGAGCCUGAGAUCUCUGCUACAGCCCUACCUCACCCAACUGAAAAAUCCUUGUUGAAAACUAUUAGUCAUUUUCAAUUCAUGGAGUGAAUUUCAAUUCAGUUCUGUUUCUGAAUUGAAAGCUGAAUUUACCCCAAACCAGGCAAAUAAUUUGUGUGGGUGUGGAGUGAACUUGUGUGGAGUAAGCUGUAUUUUGUUAAACAGUAGCCUACAGGAACAAACACUUAUAGUCAGUACCUUCGUGAUUAAGGCACUGUACUACUUUAGCCUUUAUCACAAAUAAUGAGAUUCCCAUAGAGAAUGAUAGAGUCCUCUAGUGGCCAAAAAGCCAUAUUAGCAUGGACAGCACCAUUGAGGGCUUCCACCAUUAUAAUGUAGUCAAUUGGGUGGGACUUCCAACUUCAUUGUCUAAUGCCUCCUGGUGACCCUGUUGGAGUCAUGUCCAACCGGGUAAUCAGGAGGGAUCAGCCAAUUGUGAAGAAGAAAAUGUGCUACAUCAAAAUGGAGAUUGCCUCAAUGGUGCUGCCCAUGCUGUCACAGACGCUAUAAUGGCACAGAUACAAAGAUGAGUCCUCUAUCUCUAUGGGGAUUCCCAACCUCUGUCAUUUCAAGAAUUUUGCUACGAGUAACUAACCAUAAAAAGUUAUGGAAUCAUUAUAAUGUUGUACUUUGGUAGUUUAGGUAGUCUAUCCACGAGAAAUUAAUUAUACAUGGAAGAUAAAUCACUUUUUUUAUGUGGUAGGCCUGUCCUCUGUGGUUGGUCUUUGAAAUGCAGGCGCAAAGAAGAUGUCUGCCAGUUGUUCAUCUGUCUUGCCAGCAGAUGGAGGUACUGUGUGUGAAAAUCCUAGUUUUCAGAGUAGAAAAUGUAUUGCACAAUUCACUCAAAAAGAAAAGUCACAUGCUUCGUAAAACAACCGGUGUAGUCUAAAAGUGAAAUGUUUACUUACAUGUCCUUUUCCAACAAUGCAGAGUUAAGAUAAAUAUAUACAAAUGAUAUGACACAAGGCAUAAAUACACAGUGAAUAACAAAAAUCUUGAGUAAAAAUAGCACGGCUAUAUACAGGGAGUACCAGUACUGAGUUGAUGUGCAGGGGUAUGAGGUAAUUGAGAUAGCUAUGUACUUAUAGGUAGGGGUAAAGUGAACUAGUCAACAAGAUAGAUAAUAGACCGUGAGUAUAUGUUGAGUGUGAAAGUGUGUUGUGGUGUCAGUGUAAGUAUGUGUGAGUGUCCAGUGUUUGUGCAUAGAGUUAGUGCAUAAAAGGAUCAAUGCAGGUAGUACGGGUGAGACAUUUUAUUAGCUAUUUAGCAGUCUUGUUUAGCAAUCUUAUGGCUUCUGGGUAGAAGCUGUUCAGGGUUCUGUUGGUUCUAGACUUACCACCAAUGUUCCCUCUAAUUUUUUUCGGCACAGCGAAUUUCAAGUCUACUGAGAGCAAACUUUAACAUUGUGAAAAUUCUGUGCAACUUCCAGCAUGCGUUUACUGUGAACACUGAGGCUGUACCCGCUUUAUGUUACAGUUUAAACAGUGGCCAUGUAGGCUACUUGAUCAUAAUGUAGGCAUACCAGAGUGACCUACAAUCAAAAGCAAUGGCAUACCAUAACAUUUGAACGCGGAAAUAGCUGUUCUCAUUCAGCCUACAGUAGCAGCCAAUGUGUGGUGUUCAAUGCAGGCCUAAAUUCCAUGAAACCUUUGAAGAAAAUAUGCAGGGCUUGACAUUAACCUGUUAUCCACCUGUCCUUCCGGCAAGGAGUUCAUUGGAAAUGUUGUUGUGUUGUUUGAUGCAAGAAACCACUUUACAAAAUAAAAUGUAUUAUUAUU